CAGGACUAAUCCAUGAAGAGCUGGAAGCUCUCGGAGAAAACUAAUAUCAAUGUCUCACACUUUGCUUGAUCGGCUACAUAGUCUGCCGAGAAGCAUAUUAUCAAACCUAACCCUAACUCCUUUCCACACUAAACACGGAGCAAGGGACAAAUAACAGAAUGAUCCCUAAAGUAAUUAAAGUGACUAAUUACAAUUAAGGGACAUCUACACAACAAGGGGCGGAAUCUUGAGUUAAGCUGAGAAUCCAUUCCACCAGAGGAUGCCCUUUUGUUGUUUUUGGCAAGAUAUAGAAGAUGCCUAUCAACCAUGACAAACGAUAGAGAUGCCUUGAUUUGUCCAUAUGGGAAUAUGCCGGACAUAUCACCAGUCAAUUUGAGCUGAUUCUUCACAUGAAUGAACACCAGCCAUUUUGCAGGUCAAACAAACAGAGAUGAGUGGGGAAGAGGAAGUGGUGCUCCAUGGGAUGUGGGCAAGCCCCUAUGCGAAAAGAGUGGAGAUAGCCCUUAGACUUAAGGGUAUACCCUACCAAUAUGUGGAAGAAGAUUUGCUGAAUGGGAAAAGUGAAGCACUCCUCAGGCACAAUCCAGUGCACCAGAAAGUCCCGGUCCUUGUCCACAACGGGAAACCAGUGAUCGAGUCGUGCAUCAUCCUCGAGUACAUCGACGAAACUUGGAAGUCCUCCGGCCAUGCCCUGCUCCCUCAAGAGGACACUUACAGGCGAGCCAGAGUUCGCUUCUGGGCUGAUUUCAUACAAAGACAGAUUCACUGGCAGGUAUUCGAGAAGUUCGUCUUGACAAUAACAGCGCUAGGAGAGGCACGAGAAGAAGCCAUCAAGGAGUUAAGGAAGAACAUGGAAUUGCUUGAAGAGGGACUGAGAGCGAACUUCUUUCCAGAAGGGAUUCCUCAACAUCAUUUCGACGACCAGAAGAAUGUUAGGUUCCUGGACAUUACCAUGUGCGCGUUCUUUGGCCUCCACAAGGCACAGUCAGAGUUCGUCAGGACCACCGAGAUCAUCGACUUGCAGAGGACUCCAUUGGUGUUCUCCUGGGUCGAGAGUUUGAAGGAGGUUCCUGUGGUGAAAGAAGUGCUUCCCCCUCACGAUGAGGUUGUGAACCUUUUGCGGGGGUUCAGGCAAAAUGCUGUAGGAUCCUCUCCCCAAGUGUAG